GCUUAUAUAAUAACAUGUGUUCAGCCGCAGGGCUGCUGCUCUCCUAGUUUCACACAGAGACGUUUAAAGAAAGCGUUUCUGGAAUCAGAAGAAGAAGGAGAAGAAGAAAAAGAGAGAGAAGAAACAUGGCGAAGAGGAGAGCGAGUGCAGGGACUCAGGUCAAUACAAAGAAACCGAAGCAGGUGCUGCCGGCGAAAAGCCGCAAAGCAAAGGCAGCAGGAGCCAAGAAGAGAGAGGCAGAUAAUGGCAUCACAGAGGAAGAGGAGAAGCUGGAGAGGAAGAUCAAACCCAAGUCACGUUUGUCCUCAAAAUUGUUGGCGAAGAGCAACUCUCCCUCCAAAUGCAACACCAGCACCACCACUGAUGUCAACACCAGUAAAUACUUCCAGUCACCAGUCAAGAAGGAGGAGACUGACAGUGAGGACUUUGACAUGGUGACAUCAUCAGCACCUGUGGCUAAUGUAAAUGCCAAAAAAUCUCAGAAAGACGAGGAGGAGGACAGUGAGGAAGACGAAGAUGACUGGGAGGAAGUGGAAGAGCUAGAUGAGCCACUGGGUACAGCUGACGCACUGGAACCCAUCCUGCCUUCUCAGCCCCUGGACAUAGAGAUAGAGAUUGAGACACCAGAAGUCAGGAAAAAAAAGAAGAUCCAGGCAGAGUUUGAGUCGUAUCUGAGGCGGAUGAUGAACAAAUGCAAGAAAGACCUGUUGAUAGACACACACAAGGUCCACCUCAUGUGCCUGAUAGCCAGUGGAAUGUUUCGGAACCGUGUGUGCAGUGAACCAGACCUGCUGGCCAUCACUCUGUCGCUGCUGCCUGCCCACUACAGCAAUGUCGUGAAGGAACGCAUUGACCAAAACUACCUCUCCGGACUGCUCAAAUGGUUUAGAGCAACAUUCACCCUCAAUCCCAGUCUUUCCUGUGAGGAGCGUCCGGACCCCCGGGCCCUCCUGGAGAGGCGGCUGGCCAGCCUAUCAGCCAGGAACCACCAGGAUAUGACUCACCUGUUCCUGUUGGUGCUGAGGUCUCUACAGCUCUUCUGCAGAUUGGUUCUUUCUAUGCAGCCGAUUCCUUUGAAACCCCCAGCAGCAAAGGGCAAAGGAGCUAGGACAUCUCCCGGUGCCUCAGGAAAAAGCAGCUCAAACCAAGACACCUCCAAGACCACCUCUUCUCAGCUGAAGGACUCACCUGGCACCAAGAGACCAGCUGCAGUUGGAAAACUCAAGGGAGACAGAGGUGGAAAGAAAGCAAAGAGAAAAGAAAAACCGGAGAACCAGGAAAGGGUUAUAACAUCCGGAGGACAGAGACCGAAGAACUCAAAGCGCCGCACUAUCGCUUCGAAGGUCAGCUACAAGGAGGAGAGUCAAAGCGAAGAUGAAGAGGUGCUUAGCGAUGAGGAUGAGUUUAAGGCAAGCAGCGAGGAGGACACUGAGGAUUCAGAGAAUGAAGCGAAAUCAUCGAAGGGGAAGGGGAAAGCGAUAAAUAAUAAGAACACUGCAGGUAGUGGUGGAGGGAAAAAAUUGAUAAAAGAUGAGGGGGACAAAGAGUGGGAAGAAGAGGAGGACAAUGAUGAAGAAGAAGAAAGAAAAACAAAUAACGGAACAAAGCGAAGAAGUGGCAAGAAGACAAAGGCUCCUGGAGCGGACGAGUGGUUGGAGGUGUAUCUAGAAAAAACAUCUUCCUGGGUUUGUGUUGAUGUUGAGCAGGGUGUCGGGAUGCCUCAGCUCUGCUCCCAGAAUGCAACAUCGCCAGUGACUUACGUGGUGUCAGUGGAUGGAGACGGGUUUCUGAAGGACCUGGGAAGGAAGUACGACCCCACCUGGAUGACAUCAUCCAGGAAGAGACGGGUGGAUGAAGACUGGUGGGAUGAAACGCUCGAGCCAUUCCUGGGACCCGAGUAUGAGAGGGACAAAAGGGAGGACAAGGAGCUCCAGAACAAGCUUAUAAACAAACCCCUGCCGAUCUCCAUAGCGGAGUACAAGAACCACCCACUGUACGCUUUAAAGAGACACAUGCUCAAGUAUGAAGCCAUCUACCCUUCAACAGCAACUGUCCUGGGAUACUGCAGAGGAGAGCCAGUGUACUCCAGGGAUUGUGUGCACACCCUCCACUCCAAAGACACAUGGUUGAAAGAAGCUCGGACUGUCCGAAUCGGGGAAGAACCGUUCAAAAUGGUGAGGGGUUUCUCGAAUCGUUCCCGUAAGGCCAGGAUCAAUUCUGAGAUGAAGGAAAACAACGACCUAGCUCUGUUUGGAGAAUGGCAGACUGAAGAGUACCAACCGCCUAUAGCUGUGGAUGGGAAGGUUCCCCGUAACGAUUUCGGUAACGUCUACCUCUUUAAGCCCUGCAUGUUACCAGUGGGCUGUGUUCACCUCAGUCUGCCCAACCUGCACCGUGUGGCCAAGAAGCUGGACAUGGACGCCGCCCCUGCGGUCACAGGCUUUGACUUCCAUGCAGGAUACUCUCAUGCUGUGACUGAUGGUUACAUUGUGUGUGAAGAGCAUGAGGAGAUUCUCCGAGCCGCCUGGGUGGAAGAACAGGAGAUUCAGAAACAGAAGGACAGAGAGAAAAAAGAAAAGAGGGUGGUCUCCAACUGGACUCUGCUGGUGAAAGGACUUCUGAUCAGAGAAAGACUUAAACAGCGCUACGGCAAAAAGAACCCAGGGUUGGGGAGCCUCUCUCAGGGAGACAACAACAUUGACCUCUCAUCUGAUGAGGAGGCAGGUGAGGAUGAAAGUCCCGAAGCUAAGACUGCCUCUGAAACUCUGGCUAUGUCCUGGCCUCAAAACCGACAAGCAGAGGAGGAGGACAGAGGGAACAGCAGCGGACUCAAGAAGAAACAGAAAACAAAACGAGGAAAGAAAGGACAAGACACUAAUUUGUUUCCCUUUGAGAAGGUGUAAUAUUGGAGAUGAAUGUUUUGAUGCAUCAAUGCUGAUUACUCUGUUUCUGAUAAGUAGUUCACAUGCCUUUUAAGAUUGGAUCAAAUGAGUCUUAGGGACAACAGAUUUGAAAUAGUUUCAGUAAACCAGGUCAACUCUGAAAUGGAAGAGAGGAUGACAGAAACAACGGAAGGAGGAGAAGAAGAAGAAGAAGAAGGUAAUUUUCUUUCGGUCGUGAUAGUGUUUGCAAUAAACCUUCUCCACUAUCAUGGUACGUGUUGAAUCUGGAAAACUGAGAGGUGCUCUCUUGCUGAACAGUAAUAUCAUGUUGGUUUGCUAAUAAUCAGUGGGGGUGCUUAAAAAAAUCCUAUACAGGGCUGGCUUGAGCCUAAUGGGCAUAGUUUCCAUUUCUACUGAUGCAGGCGUAUUCGGCAGAUAAUGUUAAUAUCUCUCUUCUACCUUCUGCUGUUUCAGUUUAUAAUGAAAAAUUUAGAAGGUUUCUCCAAUCUUGCAAACUUGAACAACACACCAGUGUGACCAAUGGAACAUUGUUGUCAUUACUCUUUUGAGCUGAUGAGAAAGACUUUGGGUAGGAGACAACAAAGUACACCAUGUAAACCUUUUCAUAAAGGUAAAAUGUAAAUUUCACUUAGACAACGGAUUAAGUCGUCUUAGCUCACACUCCUUUGUUGUUAGGAUGCUAUAUCUCUGGAAGUUCACUGUUUUUUCUGGUGUAUCAUUGUCAACUUCAGCCUCUUUAUUUCACACACUUAUCAGUGUUGAUAUGUUUCACAGCAGCUGUAGUAUU